AUGGAUCACCCGUCCGUCAAGACUAUCCAUUGCUCCGGUACUCCCUACGAGAUUGGCCUUCAACAUGGCAGUACCGCUGGUGUCGAAGUGCACACCAACAUAGCCACAUAUACCAGCUUCUUUCAGGAGACGGCCAAAAUUUCAUGGGAGGCAGCACGAGAACAAGCUGUCGUCCAAUUUGUUCCGACUCUUGAGGCUAGGUAUCCCGAGAUUCUGGAGGAGAUGAGAGGUAUCGCCGACGGCGCUGGUGGUGGCCUGACGCGUGAAGAUAUCUUGACUCUGAACGUUCGGAGUGAGAUUUGCUUGACGAACUACGCGGACGGGUGUACCUCGAUCAGUCAAGUUGGAGAAGAUGGGAAAAUCUUCCUGGCCCAGAACUGGGACUGGCUCGAGGAGCUCCACAAGGGGAUGGUGUUCCUGUAUAUCAAACCUCUUGAGUCUGACAUCGCUCUCAGAUUUCUCGGAGAGGCAGGCAUUGUGGGCAAGAUCGGGAUGAAUAGUGCUGGCUUCGGCUUGUGCAUGAAUGCUCUCCGAUCUGGCGCUUUCGACAAACUCAAUCUACCCGUCCAUGUCAUGUCACGGCGUCUUCUGCAAUAUGCUAGGAGUGUGGACAACGCACUUAGCAUAAUCGACCAGUUUGGCCUGGCGUGUACUGCCAAUUAUAUUUUUGCCGACAGAACCGGGAAGCACGUCAACAUCGAAUGCUCGCCGAGGGGCAAUGUCUUGAUCUUGCCUAGCAAUGGGUAUGUGGCACACACAAACCAUUUGUACGGGACGAAUCGGCCCGCCAAACUGGUAGAUCAUCCUGCUCCGAAUUCGUUCCUGCGGUUGGCUCGCAUUCAGAAGUUGACUGACAUUGAUCGGGAAAAGAAUGCGACGACAACGUUUCGGUCGCUUCGUGAGAAACUGUCAGAUGAAGAGGGAAGCCCAUUGGCGAUCUGCAGAGACAGGCCUGCUGAAGCGGUUGGAAUGGAAAGGAUGACAACUCUGGCGUGCAUCAUGAUGGAAUUGAAGAGCUGCACAGGAAAGGUGCUGAUCGGCAGACCUUGUGAUAAUCUACCAGUUGUAAAUUGGUCGUUUUAG